AUGAUUUCAUUAUUAGAAUUAGCUGAGCCUAAAGCUGCAAGAUCCCAUUCUCAAUACAAACUAAAUUUAAUAGAUUUCGAUGACUUUGCCUACAACUUAAAUAAAACCAUCCAUAACUUUUAAAAAUAACAAGCUGGAAAAAAUUAUGAUAAAUUGUCUUAAUUUAGAAAAUCAAAGAGUGUCUUAAAAAAUUAGCCUUAAAAAACUAACUAAUCAGUUUACAAAACCUUUAGUAGAAAUGCUCCAGGGUUUGAUGAAAAUGAAACUAAAGAAUUACUGGAGCAUAUAAUUCAGUUAGAAUACCUAUUUGUCCAAUAUAAUAAAUACUUUCCAGAUCAUAGUAACCCUCUCUUUUUAAAUAAUUAUCUAAACUGUUUAAGUUUAAACAAAUAAAGUAUGAGAUUUAAAUAUUUAAUAGAAUUUUUUGAUAACUACAAUCAAACUAUUUCUGAAACUUUUUAAAUGUCAAUUCUAAGAAACUCUCAAUAAAGAAUCGUAGAUGAUAAAACCGAUGAAAACAUGAUCAAAUUCUUCGUCAAUGAAAUAAAUAGAAGAAAUAAAUAUGAUAAAAAAAUAGAUCUAAUUAGAAGUGAUUAAACUAAAUUUUCUAAACUGAGCCAAAAUUAUGAGCUACAUAGGAAAACUAAUUAAUUGUAGCAAACUAAAUCAAAUAUAUUAGUAUCAUCUAUGAAACUAGUAUUUUUAAAUGUAUUAUUUAAUUCUAUUAAAUAGGACUAAAAUGAAAAAAUUAAUGUUAGAUUUCCUUUAAUCGACAAAAAUAAAUAAUUAUAUGUUGAUAUGGAAAAACUUAUUAAUUAAGGAGAUGUUAAUGAUUUAUUUAAAUAAUGGAGUCAAUAUAUAAAUAUAGGAUCCUCUCACUCUGAAAUAAUUUUACUAAUCUCAAUAGUUUAGGAUAUUAUUUAAGAGGAUAGUUGGAUAUUAAAAUAAAUUAUGUAAUAAAUUUCUGGAUAAUAUGUAUUAAAGUUAGAAAGGAUUAUUUUAUAAAUUGGUGCUUUAAAUUAGUUUUGUUCCAAUUGCUUAUAAGCAAUGGACAAUAGUCAUAGUUAAAUUUCAGAACUUAUACAGAUUAAAAUUUAAAAUUUAAUACCUUCGUUUAUGAUGAGAAAGAGUAUUAAAAUAGAAAAACAUAUCAUGAUAAUGUAAAAUUCAUAGAAUGAAUUAUCUAAAGCAGAUAAUAGAAAUUCAUUAGAGAAUUAGUUAUUAGAAUUAAACAAUUUAAAAAUGUGUUUGAUUCCUUAAGGAUUGUGUAGUUAAUUAUGUUUCAUUCAUAGAUAUUGUAAUGAAAAUAUAAAGGGUGAUAAUGAAAGAAUUUCUGAAUCCUUCUAAUUCGAGUAACAGCAAGAAUUAGAUUAAAUUCCUUUAAAAGAAAAAAAUGAAUUUAUUCGACAUUAAUCAAGGAAACCUAGUUUGGUUGAUGGCUAUUUGGAUGAAUAGCCUAUUUAUCCAUUCCUUGAAUAGAAAUUUUCUGAAAUGAAAUUUACUUCAACUAUUUUUAUGGAUAAUGUAGAUAGAACUGAAUGGAAACAGAUUUUUGAGAGUAUUGAAGAAUAGAAAAAAGAGUUAAAGGACUUUAGAAGAUCAAAAUCUAAGUCUUCAAAUAUUUCCUUUUAACUUAACUAAAAUGAUGAAAACUUUAUGAGGUAAAUGAAGAACUUCUUAUAAAAACAAUAAGCAAAAAUAAAAUGA